AUAGAGUAUGAAUAUGUCUAAGUUUAUUUGAUAUCUAACAAUUUUUUCAUUGCUUGAAACUUGAGUUAAGUUAAAGAUUGAUAUUUAUAAAGUUUUUCGAAUAUGUACCUUCAUUGUUGAAAGUCUUUGUGUUGACCUUACCUAAUAUAUAGAUCUAUUAAGAAUUAAGAUCAUUAAGGCAAAAUGAAGAUCAAUGAGAAGAAUUUAUGUGCGUUCGCUUCAUCAGCAACUCCAGUAGAUCGUGAGGGAUGGCUAGAUAUGAGAGGCGAAGUAGGAAAAAGCUACCAACGCAGAUGGUUUACUUUGAAAGGAAAUCUACUGUUUUAUUUCGACAAAAAAGGAGAUAAAGAACCAGUCGGUGUUAUUAUACUAGAAGGAUGUACGAUUGAAUUGACGGAAGAAGAGUCGUACAGUUUCAAGAUAGUGUUCCACUGUGAAGGUGGACGUACAUAUUUCUUGUGCACAAACUCACAAGCCUCAAUGGAAGCUUGGAUGAAGGCAUUGGCUUGUGCAAGUUAUGAUUAUAUGAAGUUGAUGGUGGCUGAGCUGCAGAGACAGCUGGAUGAAGCUCAGGCUGAAGAGGCUGCCGAGGCUGCUGCAUUAGUUACAGUCACAUCUCCUGAAGAUGAACCCAAGGUUCCACCCCGAGGUCAACGUUACAAUCCCUUCAACAAAGCUCCUGAAGGAGAGACUAAAGCUGUGCCAGGGAGUAGACACCAUAAAGAGAGUGUGAAGUCAGAGCUUCCCCGUAAAAAGGUACCAUUUCGCGAUAUCCACAAAUCCUAUGGUCGAAAGAUCCUUUCAGAUCGCAGCGAGUGGCGCGCGCGGCUGCGCAUGCGCGAUGAUGCUGUCGAGCGACCUCUAAUACAACUGUGAGGCUAAACACCUUAACACUGAUAUAUGAAGAUGAUUCAAUAUCUCAUUGCAAUUGUAGUUUGAAGGUCGAUGAAAUCAGUUACAAUUUGUAUUACUUGGCAGUAUUGAAGUAGUUGGCAA